UACAUGGCGGUUACUGCACACUGGCUGCAGCUUGUUCUUGAAGAUCGUGGUAACGGACUUCAGCCGCAGCUUCGACUUCGUGCAGAUCUUAUCGGCUUUCACUGUGUCCCUUCCAGCCACACCAGUGAGCAUCUUGUGGCUGCAUUCCUUUAUAUCCUGAACCGUAUUAAGAUCACAAACAAGAUUGGCUGGAUUACAAUGGACAAUGCAACGAACAAUGACGCCUGCAUGGAGGCUCUUGAGCAAACCUUGCGAAAGCGUGGAAUUGCUUUUGACAAGCUUCAACAUUGCAUUCGGUGUGUAUACUUCAAUAAAUCAAUUGCAGUUUAUUGCUCAAAAUAA